UUAGGACAGCUUUCCUUACUGAGGAGUUGGCAACACUGCUCGGAAUUUUUAUUAGAAAUGGUCCCUCAAUAGAAAUUUCGCAAACGUAGGAGCAGCCUCACAAUCCCAGAGUUAACCAUUCAGAACACUGAUAGCUUUUCAGCAUGAACGCCCACACUAAACGAAGAGCAACGUUUAAGCUAACUUUCACUACAGAAUUUUAAAGCGUUACUGUUAUUUAAAAAAGAAUUGCUUUAGUCGCGAUAUAAGGCAGCAUGUUAGCCUGUGAUAUCAUGGUUUCUGUGUUCCUCGUAUUUGCAUGUCGCGCUGCCUCCGUGGUUUCUGCGGUGUCUUGUCACACAAAGGAGUAUGCAACAAGGGAUGGGCAGUGCUGCCCGAUGUGCCAAGAAGGUACAGUUGUUCAGAGAGACUGCACAGCAUAUUCAGGAACUCGGUGCCGUUCAUGUGAACUGGGGACUUUCAUGAACCAACUCAAUGGUCUGUCUAACUGUUUCCCCUGCAAUACCUGUGAUACAGGUCAUGGUCUCUUUGUCAAGCGGAACUGUACACCAAAAACGGACACAGUGUGUGAUGUUUUAAAUGGAUAUCACUGUAAAGAUUUGAUUGAGAGUAACGGAUGUAGUUUGGCAGAGAAACAUUCACAGUGUGAAGCUGGUCAGAGGAUAAAAGAACCUGGAACCAGCAGAAGUGACAUAGUGUGUGAAGACUGUCAGCCAGGCUUCUUUUCCAAAGACGGUGUGAACUGCACUGCUUGGAAAACUUGCUCAAACACACAGAUAAAGGUCAGAGGAAGCUCAACCAGUGACGUUGUCUGUGGGAGAACAUCAAGUCAACAUUACUUUGUGUUUUUACCUUUUUUGCUUUGCUCAGUAGCAUUUACUAGCCUUGUGACAGGUUAGUGCAUCGUCUGCAUUGUGUUGACUUUUCAGUUUAAAGCCUUAACAACACAGUGUUGCCUUUUUGUUAUUGCUUAGGGUUUUUUUUUUCCUGCUGUAACACUAAUUUUCUUUGUGUACCAAUAAAGCAAAGAAGAAGAAGGAAGGAAAAAAAUGCCCUUUUAAAACGAAAAUUGAACUCACUAACCAUGAGCAGUUUAUUUAUACCAUUAGUAGACUUUUAGCUGGGAAGGCCAGAAGACCCAGCAUUGACAACUGAACAGGUGCAGUUGGAUCACGGUGUUGUUCCAAAAGGCGAUUUCUGGUGUUUCUGUAUGUUUUUUGUUUUGUUUUUAAUGUGUAAUGUCUUUGCUUAUAUUGGUAAGUAGUUGCAAUUUCUGCCUCUUGGCCCAACAUCUCUUUAAAAAGACAUUUUUAAUGUCAAUGAGGCUUUUUAACUGAAUCCAUGAAGCACAUAUAAAAGUCACUUUGUCAAAAACUGAUUGCAGCUUCUACCUUGUGGGAAAAAAUGUUGUUUGUGGUUAAAAAUAACUCGAUAUCAUUCAUAACAGAAACGUUUGACAUACUUUUUACACAUUUUAGGCCAAAAGGUCAUUUAUUACGGUUUAAAUGAGGGCAAUCACUUUUUGGAAAAUACCGGAAAUCACUUUUCUGGCACCACAGCUAAUUAUAGAAAACAUGUGUCCAAAGUCAUAUAUUCACUAAAAGUGUAAUUUAGUCACAAAGGACUAACAUGUAGAGUAUCAAAUCACAUUAAACAUUGCAGAAAUGUAACAUAUCCUCUGUACUGUGUGUGCUGAUGGGCUUUGGUCUGAAGGAGUUCAUGUACAACAACAUCAGAUAAAGUCUGUGGAGGGACUUUACUGAAUAACUGAACUUGUAUAAAGUUAUUAAAAUCAAACUAACAGAUUUGAUGUCUGUUAUGAUGUAUUUUGUUGAUGCUGAAACUGUGGAACAUACCUUAAUUAAUGUGUCAUAAAUAUGAAUAUGGUGUUAAUUUGAAGUAUAAUGGUAACUAACUAGUGACCUACUGGUUCACUUUUCAUUCGCGGCCCUUUAAGUCACAGCUUACAGGCAAACAGCUCAAAGCAAAUCUGAUGAAAAGAAGCAAAGACUGUGGGAGAAGCAGUUGGAAAAGAAGAACUGCAAUAAGAGUAAAAGUUACAGUGAAAAUAAGAUGGAUGAAAUAAUCUGUUGUGUUCUGUCCAAUAGAAGCCGUUUCGCCUUCUGUGGUGUGAUUUUAACCCGAAGCUGCACUCGCUCAUUCUUUUACAGCUUAAGAAAAACAAAGAAAUGUUUUUAGAUGUUUCAGAGUUUUUUUUAUAUCAGAAUGAAAGAAUGACUCAGAUGAGGUCAUAACAGACACUCCUUCAUAAGAUGACCUGUAAGUAUAAAACGGUGUAUAUUUGUGGUUUUGCAGGAACAGCCUCCACAGACAGUGGAUGAUCUGACUGCAGCAGUGGAACAUUAACACCUUGUCACUCACGCACUAAGUAAGUGACACUUCAGAGCAGACAUGGACACGUGAUUUCUUCCAGUGCAACAACUUUUUAAUUUUUUUCCCCCUCUGUACCUUCCAGAUGUGAGUCACUAAACCAAAUGAUAACUCCAGGGCUUAUGCUCAAUGUUUGAAACAAAGGGGAAAAAUUGUUACCAUCACUGGCUGUGUGGUGGUUUUAGUUAUGAUUGCCAUAGCUGUAGUGAUUUUAAUUAUUGUCAUUUUUAAAAGAUGUAUAUAUGUGAGGAUGUCAAAGAUCACUGAUAUCAUGAUUUAGAUGAUAUUUUCUGUCAAGUAAUAACUUUUUUAGACAAAAAUAAAACUCAAAACAAUAUAGGAAAUGAAAGUAUUUAUAUUUUUUAUUUUAUUUCUGAGAAGGAAAGAAAAGAAAAUGAAGCACUGAAUGGGUCAAAGCAGCAGGCAAGACAACAGUGAAAUGUUCACUGUGGACUCUGUGAUCUUUUUCAAAAAGCAGCUAAAAACUCAACUUUUUAAACUUGUAUUUGGGUGAAGUUUUGUUUUAAUGUCUUAGAAUUUUGUAAUGAAGCACUUUGCGAUAUUUAGAGACGAUCAGAUUUUUACUGCAGCAUUAUGGAACAAAGAAGAGCAGUUUCUAAUGUUUUUAUCUUUCAUAUACAGAUUUUCCUUGGAACUGGUUGUGGAUGUUUGUGUAGAUGAAAGUUCAUAGUCAACACGUUCU